AUGUCAUCAAGCUUUGCUCAAGGUUUCUUAGUUUCGAAUUGCGUCGAUGAGAAAUAAAAAUUCAAUUUUACUGUCGAAUUAUGUUCAAGAACUCUAAGUUCCUAUGAACUGCUAGAAAGUGUAUACAUCACAUUUUUCUUUGUAAUUAUCUACUUGAUAAGCAAAGGCUACAGAAUUAUUUCCAAAGAAGCUAAAGAUAUAAUGCUUAAACCUGAUUUUAUGUUUGGAGUAGCCGUGUUUCAGGCAUUACAGUUCUCAGUAUUUUCAAAAUAUUAAUUAUUCUCAAGAGCAUAAAAUGCUUACAAGGUAUUUUUUUCAGCUUCAUUUAUUUGUUUUUAAGAGAUGAUUACUUUUUUGAAGGUAACAGUCAUGAUCCAUGAAUAACUUAACUAACAGGAUGCGAGUGAAUUGCUUGUUCAAGACUAGAGAAGAAAUAUUUGGGAUCUAAAUUUUGAUGAGCAAACAGUAAUAAUGUUCUACUUCAAUUUAAAUCGACUGUGGAAUAACUUUGAUGGUCAAAAUGAUGCCUAGUAGCCUUUAAAGUUCUGCACUAACUCUAUGAGCUCAAGUGAUUUGUAAAGUCAAAAUGAGGAGGAUAGAGUUUUUGUAUUUUUAAAUCCUCACGAUAGCAUAGAGGACUUAGAGUAUAAUAUCUUGCAUGAUUAAAACGAAUAGUAAUAUUCUUAACACCAAGAAUAUUCACCCAAAAAUAAGGAGGAUUAAGUCCUUAUCAAUUAUAAUAUGAGGUAUUUGCAGAAUUUAAAGAUUGCUUCAAUAGAUAAAAAAUCCUAAGUAGAAAUGGAGCAGUAAUAGACAAUUCUAAAUACUGUAAUAGAGGAGGAUCCAGCUCAGGAGUCCAAAUUAGAUGAAGUGUUAGUUGUCAAUAAUAAUAUCAGAGAUGAAGUAACAUUGAUCAGAGAUUCAGAAAAUAAAAAAUAAAAGAAAAAUAUGAAGGCUCAGUUCGACAAAGUGUUCGCUGACGAUCUCGACGAUAAGUAGAAUUAACAAAAAGUGUAUGUGUUCUAUAAGGAACGAGUGAAGCAAGUAGUAGACGGUUACAAUCACAUUCUAAUCGCAUUUGGAGAGAGUAAGUCAGGCAAGACUUACUCAAUGAUUGGCAAUUAAUGGGAUCUCUCAAUUAAAAACUAGGUUUAAAAUCUUAGGAAACAGCUUAAGUAACAUUUAUUUUAUUCAAGUUAUAUUUAAAAUAGUGGAUAGAAAUUGAGCGAUGACGAAAUAAUGGAAACUCAUGGAAUAAUUCCGAGAGCGAUUUAGGAUAUUUACUAAGCAGUGUCAGAGAAGGAGUUGAGUAAUUCAGAUCUUCGAAUAAAAAUAUUUAAUUCAUCACUGCUUUUCCAUUGUGAUUUAGUCUAUGAUUUAUUGUAAGAUCAAGACUAGAAUGAAGAACUAGAGCUCAAAGAACAAGAAAAUUCUGUUUUUGUCAAAGGACUUACAGAGUAUUAAACAUAAAAUUCUAUUGAAAGUUACGCUCUGCUUAAAAGAUCUAUAAAAUCAUUGCAAUAACGAGAUAGAUUUUUAGAGCCUCAAAUUAGGAAGCACACAUAUGUCUUUAAUAUAGAAGUAGAAGUUACUGAUAUUAGAUAAAGUUCAGUUUAAAGAUCCACACUAAAACUAAUUGAAUUUUAGCCUAAUGACAGACAUCUGCUAAACAGCGGUAAUAAUAUUGAUAAAUUCAAAAUCAGUAAAUAGUUUAGACUUUAAAACGGCUUAAACUAAUUCAAAAACGUAAUUAAUUCACUUGCCUUACCAGUUAACUAAUAAAAAUAUAUUCCAUAUCGAGAAUCAAGCAUUACAAAGUACUUAAUGGAAUAUUUCAGCGGCAACGCUCAUAUUGAUAUACUCUGCAACAUUACCUUAGAUCAAGAGUCAGUCUUAACCACAAUAGAUACUUUUAAGUUAUGCAAGUAAGCAAGGAAAAUUGAGCUAAAGCCUCAAAUUAAGAAAGAAAAAAUUCUUAAGAAAAGCAAAAGCAAUAUGGCUUCCCCUAGGUAGCACUCAUAUUUAUAAGAAAUACUUAAGAUAAAGAAAAACAAAGGUCUAAACCCUGAAGAGAAGAUGCAGUUAAUGAGCUAAUAGCUUAAAAAGUUGAAUUAAUCAAAGAGAAGGCUAAAGAAUAAAUUGUAGACGGUCGAUGACUAUGAGAAGCUGAAAUAAGAAGGAUUUUUAAUAAAAAAGGAGAUUCAUAAAUUGAUUGAGCAAUCACAAUCUUCAUUAGCUAUGUCAUCAAUAGAAGUUAGCAGGAGCUAGAUACAAUCUUAUUCAGUGGAUUAAUCAUAUGCAAAUAACCAUAAGAUUAAUCCCCUAAACAAUAAUAUAGUUCUUCCCUCAAUAAGAAAGCAAUCAAUUGAAUUAUCAUCAUCUCAAAACACCAGAUAUAAUACAUCUACAACUGUGAGCAAUAAAGAUAGAUAUCAGAAAGAUGAGGCAGAUUUCAGAAAAAGAUUGGUCAACUAAAAUCGAUGUCCUAAAUGCACUUUAUAUCUACCUUGCAGUCACUUUGAUAUAGUGGAGCAGGCUGAUAAAUUUGUAAGUGAUAAUUUCUUAGCAAAGCUUCCCCGUCCUGUGCUCAUAUCAGAGUAGUUAAGAUCUUUUUAAAAAGAAACAUCCUUAAAAUCUCAUGUCACAUUCGAGGAUACUCUGAGCAAUCCAAAGCGAUAAAUUUCUUUAACUAAUUUAAAAUUAAAUUCUAGAGAUAUUGACCUAAGCUAGCCAAGUUCAAUUUAGCUUUUAACAAUUUCAUAGCAAGAAUAUGGGUGUCCUAUUAAUAAUAAUCCAUAAGGAAUAUAUGCUAAAAAUAAAGCACUGGCAGGAAAAUAUUUUACAAAUUAGACCUAUGGAACAGAUUAUGAAGAUGACCAGGUGGUAAUUAGGAUUAGAGGCAGAAAUAAUGAUUUCAUUGAAUAAAAGGGUUCACUAACUAGAUCAUUUAAUGUUAAACCUUAGAAAGAUAUGAAAACAAUAUAAAUAAAGGAGAUAUAGUCAAGAUUAUCUUAUUUGGACUAAAUUGAGAAAAAUAGACAAGAGUAACUACAAUCAAAGAUAAAGGCUAUUGAAGACAAAAGAAAGCAACGGCAAGAUGAGGACUAGGCAAUUAAGUUAAAAUAAUAGGAAUACAAAAGGUUCCUUGAAAAUCAGACUAUUAUCCUUCCUACUCGUAAGAACUAAUAGAACUCAGUGAUAAAUUAAAUGGAUUAAAGAAAGAAUAUGAUCGUAAAAGAUCUUCUUAAAAAGAGAUAUGAUAAGGAGCAGUCUUCGAAUCAGACAAGCAAAAGAUUGAAUCAGAAUAACAGGAACUCAUCUACGAAUAGAAGUUCCCUUCUGGAUUUUUCAGAGCAUUCAGUAAGCACCACAAAAAACGAUCAAAAGUCUAAGGUAAUCUUUAAUAAUGAUGAUUUAUGA